UGGAAACAAAUGAAGAAGUGGAUUUUCUUAUAUUUAUUAUCCUGUCUUGCAGAACAUCAGAUUUAAAAGUAAGAAUUUUUGCUGUGAAAAAUGUCAUGAAACAAUAACAAGGAUGUGGGAUCCAAUACAUGCAAUACGUUAAGCAAGAAUAUUUUCUUAAUAUCUCUUUAAGCAACUGGCAAGUAACCGGUGACAUUACAGAACUGAACAUUAUACGUUAAUGGUGGACGAGUGGAAUCACAUCUACUUGUACAAGGUCAUUGUUGUCUCCGGCGGAACAGAGGUUGCUCUACUGAACUUACAUGCUGCUAGCAGAGCAUCUGCCGAAGAUAUAUAGUGAAUUCAAGAAGGGAGCAUGUUUUCGAGAGACACCUCUGUUCCCAUGUGGAAGAAAUGAUGGCUGACGGGGACGUGAGUGGCACGCUGGAUAGCUGUUUAAAACUUUUAAGCAGUAACACUGUACAUCCAGAGACAUUUCUUAGUUUCCAGAAUGGAUUGGCGGCGGACUUCACCUCCCUCACAAAGACAUUGUAUGAUUUGCUCAAGGCACACGAACCUAAGGGUACAAAUGGAAGCCCUCUGGAGCAGCUGGUUGUUGAAAAUUUUGAUGAGGAGCAGAUUUGGCAGGAAUUGGAGCUUCAGAAUACUGCAGUUGUGAAACACUUUGAUGCUGUUGUUAAUGUGGCAGUCAGCGAUAUGACUAUAAAUCUGAUGGUGGAAGAGGAAGAUGAGAUCAGGGAUGAAGGUGAGGUGGAUGAAGAAAACAAUGUUGAUUUAGAGGAGGAAAUGAGCGGGGAUGAUAUGGAAGAGGAGGGGGAGGAGGAACCAGACCUCCCAGAUUCUUCAGCUAAUGGAGAAGAGAAAUUCACAGAUGAAGAUUCAGAUGUGGACUUUGAUGUGGAUAAACUGGAGAAAAAGGUCAAGCAAACUAAGUGGAAAGCCCAGCGGCAGACAGGACCUAGUUCAGAAGUGGAUGACAGGUUCUUCAAGCUCUCAGAAAUGGAGGCCUUCCUGGAGGAUGUGGAGAAGAAGGAGGGUAAGAAAGAUGAGAGCGAUAGUGAGGUUGAUUAUUUCCAGGACUUGCCAUCAGGGGAAGAGGAUGAGCUCGACCUGGAGGAAGGCACAAUAUCAAAAGGAAAGAAAAAGCCAUCAAAAAGUUCAAGAAACUUGAAGUACAAAGACUUCUUUGAUCCAGUGGAAGGAGAGUUUGCUGAGAGGGACCAGGAAGAGGAUGAGGAUCUGGGGUCUGAAGAGGAUGAUGGCAGUGAAGCUGGAAUGCAGGAGGGAGCUGAUGAAGAGGAUGAGGAGGACCUGGAUGAAGAUGAGGAUGAUAGCAUUGAAGAGGAUGAGAAUGAGGACGGCCAAAAAGCUAGAGAAAACGUGAGGAAGGUGAGGUUUGACCUGUCUGAUGACAGCGAGGGAGAAGACAUGGAGGACAUCUUUGGUGGAAAGAGUGCAGAGACAACAGAGACCAAGUCAUCCUUUGAGAAAAGACAGGAAAAGAUGGCUGGGAAGAUCCAGGAGCUGGAGAAAGCAGCACUGGCAGAGAAGCCAUGGCAGCUGACUGGGGAGGUGACUGGGCAGACACGCCCAGAGAACAGCCUGCUGGAGGAGGACCUUGCUUUUGACCAGGCGGCUAGGAUGGCCCCCACUAUAACAGAGGAGACAACAAUGCAGCUGGAAGAUAUUAUCAAACAAAGAAUAAAGGACCAGGCGUGGGAUGAUGUGGUGCGCAAGGAGAAGCCCAAGGAGGAUGUAUUUGAGUACAAGAAGAGGCUGACUCUGGAUCACGAGAAGAGCAAGCUGAGUCUGGCAGAGGUCUACGAACAGGAGUACCUUAAACAGGCACAGCAAAAGACAGAAGAAGAAGAAAACCCAGCCCAUGUGGAAAUCCAGAAGCUCAUGGAUUCCCUUUUCCUCAAAUUAGAUGCACUUUCUAACUUCCACUUCACGCCCAAACCUCCUGUACCUGAAGUGAAAGUUGUCUCCAAUCUGCCAUCCAUCACCAUGGAGGAGGUGGCACCCGUCAGUGCCAGUAAUGCCACUCUGCUGGCUCCAGAGGAGAUUAAGGAAAAGAACAAGGCCGGGGCUGUAAUAGGUGACUCUGAGAAGACGGCCACUGAUAAGAAGCGUGACAGGCGCAAGAAGAAGAAACUGAAGCGUCUAAGGUUGCAGGAGAAGGAAAAGAGGAAGAAAUUGCGAGAGGCGAGCAAAGCAGUAGAUGGCAAGAAACCAACGAAGGCUGAAGUGGCAGAAAACCUGAAGAAACUCACCAAAGGGGGAAAAGCCACGGUGCUGAAGGAUGAGGGGAAGGACAAGGCCCUUCGCUCCUCCCAGGCCUUCUUUUCCCAGCUGCAGGACCAAGUGAAGAGUCAGAUCAAAGGAGCCAAGGACCAGAGUGCCAAGAAGAAGAAACAGAAAGAAAUCUCCAGCAGCAAAUUGAAAUUGUAACAUUGCAAUGGUGUUAUAGUAUUUGUACAGUCUUCCUUUUAAAAUGGUCUGUUUAUCUGUGCGUACCUGUAGUUGCAGUAUUCCAUUGUCAUUUGCAAUA